AUGAAAUUUACGAAUCAGUGUCGAACCGUAGCUGAUUUCAGCUUUAUCCAAUGCUGCCACUCAUGUCAUUUUAACGAAGGUCUUUUCACAGCUAAAGGUCAACCGGUGACUAGCAAUCUUUACCUGAGAGAUGCUGAAGAGCUUCUGUUGAAUGACGAUACUUCGAAGUGUUUCGACAGGCAUGGAAGCGCAUUCUGCGAAGCAUUCGCCUCCAGACAGGGCGCAUUCAGCCGCAGUGGAUUUACGUGCCAACACUCUGCCCUCGCCUUCAGAAUAUGCCGGAAAACAUGCGGAUACUGCACAGGGCAACUAUUUAGCACUAAAGAUAGAAUAUGUAAUGACCUGCCUUCAUGA